GAAAUGUCACUUCAUUUUGAUAGUUUUGAUGAUGUUUAUUAUUUUGUUGAUGAACUAAUUGCAGGCAAAAUAAAAUAAUUAAUAAAAUAAUGAAAAGUAAAAUUGUUGCAUUUGAGAGUAAUAUAAGAGAAGGAUAUUAAUCCUCUAAGAGUGUAGCAGUGAUAAAUGUAGAAAUUGGAAUUAUUUUGUCGCGUAACUGCCUAGACAUACGUAGAAUAAUUUGUUUUCUCGUUCUAUUCAUGUCGUUCUCAUUUCGCGUUGAGAAACAUUUUUGAGGAAGUAGCAAAGGCUACGUAUCAUAUUUUAUAUUGCAUUUUCUUCUUUUACAUAUUGAAAUUAUCAAAAUGAGUGGAAAUAAUAGCCGUGUGGAUAUAGAUUGUGCUGUGUGUUUACAAAAAUGUAAUCAUCCAACACAGCUGCCAUGUGGUCAUGUCUUCUGUUUUCUCUGCGUAAAGGGUAUUGCAUUUCAAAGUAAAAAAUGUGCAAUGUGUCGAGCUGAAAUUCCUCCAAACUACCUGGAUAAUCCCAUACUUCUGGGUCCAUUAUCUGCUGAGCAAGUGAAUGAUAGUCUCGCUGAAGAAGUGUAUCAGUGGUUUUAUGAGGGUAGAAAUGGAUGGUGGAAAUAUGACGAACGUAGUAACUUUGAAUUAGAAAAUGCAUUCAAUGCUGGUGAUCCUGACUGUACUUUACUCCUUGCUGGGACUUUGUACAACAUAGAUUUUCAAACUAUGACACAAGUUAGGAGAAGUGACCAAACUAGGCGUCGUCGAGUGAGACGAGAUACGCCAACUUUCCCGUCCAAAGGAAUAGCUGGAAUUAAGACUGACGAUGGUGGUGCAAGACAAGUUAAGAGUGAUGAUGAAGAAACGGCUGAUGUCGUACAUAUACCUACCGUAGAAGAAGUAAUAGAAAUUAGUGAUGAUGAAAGAAGUAAUUUAAUUCAACCAGAUGUUAUAAUUAAUGAUGAUAUCAAUGAAGUGAUGGACAGAAUUAGCUCAGUCAGCAUCCACGACGUAUCCAGUAACCACAAUAAUGAAGAAACCUGAUAAUACAUAUAUCUCUGUUCGUCAAAUAAUAAAAUAAAUGUUACUUAUGUAAUAUUGGCAUGGUCUGUGGUUUUCUAUUGAUGUUCAAUUAUAUUUUAUUGUUAAUA